GUGCUCGGCAAGGCAGCCUUUAAAGAAACAACAAGAUUAGGAAAAAAAUGUAGUUCAUUAAAUACCGCUUGCUAUAUUUACAUGUGCCAGUGACGAGUUUCUUGAGAUCUAAUAUGCGUGGAAAUACGUCUGUCGAUUUUAAAGCACAGAAGAUGGUUUCAAGUGGACUUCCGGCUGACUUUUCAAAUAUGAAGGAGAUGAUUGGCGGCUGUUGCGUUUGCUCAGACGAGAGAGGCUGGACUGAGAACCCCCUAGUUUACUGUGACGGACACGGUUGUAACGUUGCCGUUCAUCAAGCAUGUUAUGGCAUUGUUCAAGUACCCACUGGACCGUGGUUUUGCAGAAAAUGUGAAUCGCAAGAGAGAGCUGCCCGAGUGAAAUGUGAACUUUGCCCUCAUAAGGAUGGCGCUCUCAAGAGGACUGACAACUGCGGUUGGGCCCAUGUGGUUUGUGCACUUUAUAUUCCAGAGGUGCAGUUUGCAAAUGUUACUACAAUGGAACCUAUUGUACUACAGUACGUUCCCCAUGAACGCUUCAACAAGACUUGCUACAUUUGUGAAGAACAAGGCCGUGAAAGCAAAGCAGCAACUGGUGCUUGUAUGACUUGUAAUAAACACGGAUGUCGGCAGGCUUUCCAUGUAACUUGUGCACAACUGGCAGGACUUCUAUGUGAAGAAGAAGGCUCAGAAGCUGAUAAUGUUAAAUACUGUGGCUACUGUAAAUACCAUUUUGGAAAAUUGAAACAGAAGGACAGAGACAAAUAUAGGCAACAAAAAAUCAAAAAAGCUUUGGACUUGUCAUCUGCAGUUCCACCUCUCACUGUGACAACUGAAAAAGCAUACACCGGCACCAACAGUGGCUUUAUAUCAGGCUCAUUGAAGAGAUUGGAAGAAACUACUGCCAGAUUUACAAAUGCAAAUUUCCAGGAAGUACCUACUCAAUCUUCAAGUGGGAAUGACGACAUUGAAAUUAAAAGCUUGGAAAUCAAGGGGAAGAAAUCUGCAGGGUAUGGUUCAGGUCAGAGAGGAAGGAAGCCAGGAAAGAAUUCAGCGUGUCUUUCUGUUACAACAGCAUCAUCAAGCCCUUUUUCACAAGGCAGCCUGCAAGGAACCCCAAGUAGUGUAAAAUCAUCAGGCAGUUCAGCCCAAUCGCCACAAGAGUUUCAAAGUUUCACUGAGCCGGAUGUAAUAAAUGAUGGAUACAGUCAUUCCCAGCAGUCAUCGACCAGAGAAACACUUAAGGGAGAGACAAUUGACCAAGAAAGGACUUUGCUUAAUGCUAGCCCUACUGUCGGCCUCCCACCUCCAUCAACUGGACCUCCACAAACAAUGAAUAUUGAAAACUCAAAGCACUCUGAGGAUGGUUCCGAUUACGGAACUCCUGAUGCUCCUGUUGGGACUACAAGUGGAGUGCCAGGAUAUAAAAGGGUUCAAGCUUCAGUCAUGGAGGAAGAGACAAUAAAAGAAAAAAAACGAAAGGGAACUAAAAGAUAUAAGCAUGGACCUGGCAGACCAAAGGGAAGUAAAAACAAAGACAGUAUUUCCCAACCUUCCCUCUCUGCUGCAUCACCAUCAUCAUCUGUGACAUCUGCUGCAGGAAGCGGGACAAGUGCAAAUCUGCAGAAAUCACCAUCGUUGCUCCGGAACGGAAGCUUACAAAGCCUGAGUGUCAACUCAUCUCCUGUUGGUUCAGGAUUUUACACAAGUAACGAUGUUCCAGUUUCACUGCAGAAUACAGUGUCAGGAUCUGGCUCCAGCACUCCACUUUCCAGUUCAGUUUUGGCUCCCCCAAAUACAGCGCAUUCACAGCAGAUGAGCACAUCGCCUUCAGUCACAAUUUCCGUUGCAACUGUGGUUUCUACAACCCAGGCAAGUGCACUACCUGGAUCAUCUUUUAAUCUUGCACCAUCUCACAUGUUUGGAAAUCAAUUAAAUCCUAAUUCGGCAAUGGUAGCUCUUAUUGCACAGUCUGAAACCAGUCCAGCAGAACAAGAUUUGGAGAAUGGCCACAGUGUUCCUGGGAGGAGCAAUUCACCAAAAGGAAGUCUUUCACCACGAUCUCCUGUAAGUGGCUUGCAAAUUCGUUAUGAUCAGACAAGUAACAGUGUCUUAGAAAACCUGCCUCCAGUUGCAUCCAGUAUUGAACAAUUAAUGGAAAGGCAGCGGAAUGAAGGACAGCAGUUUCUUUUUGAACAGGGCAGUCCAGCUGAAGUUUUGGGAAUGUUGAAAUCUCUGCACCAGCUUCAAGUUGAAAAUCGGCAGCUAGAGGAUCAAAUUAAGAGUUUGACAGCUAAGAAGGAACGCCUCCAGCUUCUCAAUGCUCAGCUCUCAGUACCUUUUCCAGUUGUGAGUUCGAAUACCAGUUUGACAACACAAAUCCACCCAUUCACAGUACAAGCUGUCCACAACACAACAUCCUUGCACAGCAGUAAAGGUCCCCAUCUGAGCAACAGUUUUCUGCCCGAAAGCUCACAUCAAUUGUCAAACCAGGAACGAACCUCCUGUGGACAUAGCACUGGCAGUUCUUCCAUGGCCAGUCCAACCACUACUGGACAAAGUGCAGCUCUGCAAGGGGUUAACUGUAUGUCAAGAGCACAUGCUGGUGGAAUGCAGACGAUGGCCUCCACCAUGCCCACAGUAUCUUCAGUUGGUGGGUUGAUGGGAACUUUACCAGGAAACCAGCUGGCAGUCAAUGGAUUUGUGGGAACUCUGAAUGGAGUUGUACAGCCCCCAGUGUCAAUAACACAAAACCCAAGUACAUUGUCACAUGCAACUGUACCACCAAAUGUAACUUUUCCAAUGUCCACCAAUCUAACUAACAGCAUGCCAGGAUUGAGCUUACUUUCGGAGCAACAGAGACAACUGCUACUGCAACAACAGCUUCAGCAAUUGUUACCAUCCCAGCAACUCACUCCAGAACAACAUCAGGCUCUAUUUUAUCAAAUAAUGCAUCAACAGCACCACCAUCAUCAGCAUGAGUUGCAGCAGCUCCAGAUCACUGGGACAACACACAUUCCUAUGAAUAACCUACUGGCAAGUGCCCAGACACAGCCACUUCACUCAGCACCUCCUAACCCCUUCAUGUCCAUUCAUAGUGAAGCUUCCACACCAAAAGUUACAAGGCUCAAUGAGAAAGGUAGCCCUGUCACACAAGAGAAAAGUUGACACAGGACUUUCAAAUUCCAGAACGUGUUGUGUUGUAGCAGCCCAACCAGCUGCAUAAAGGAUGAAUCUUACUCAGCUUCAAGUGGGAAUUAUUGUGGCAAAUACACUGGUCUU